AGAAACGCCAAAUGGGAGAGUUAUGUAAUAUGUGAUGUUCCUCACUACUGCUGUUUACGAUUUCACUUUCAACCUAGAGUUUCACCUGAGGGUUCCGGUGACCGGAGACGUCGUUUCUUCGGCGAAACGACGUCGUGCAUUGAAGCUUGUGGAUCGAGCACUCUCAAAGCGGCAAUACAAAUCAGCUGUUUCGUUGGUUAAGCAAUUGCAAGGAAAACCAUAUGGACUUCGUGGUUUUGGCGCUGCCAAACAGAUAAUCAAGAAACGUUUAGAACUGGAUGAAUCUGAGGUCAAUAGGAUGGACAUUUUAUCCCUUCAACCAUUAGUGGAUUCGAUUCUGGAUUCAGUUCAACAAUGUCUUCAGAUAUCUUUGCUUGAGGAGAUUCUCUCUGUUGAAAAGCUAGAGAGUUCAAUGGCUGAAGGUAGACAUUCUUCAAGAUGUGAAGAACAAGAACACUUCAUUUGUGCUCAACAUGAAGCUGGGCAUUUUCUUGUUGGAUAUUUGAUGGGUGUUCUUCCAAAAGCAUAUCAAGUGCCAAGCAUUCAAGCUUUGAGGCAAAACAGAUUUGCUGAAGGAAAAGUUUCCUUUGUUGGGUUUGAAUUUCUUGGGGAAAUUGAUUCAGCAAAGAUUUUGGGGGAAAAUGCUGAUAUCAGAAGUUUUAAUAACAGAGCAAAUAAAGGCACCAUUUCCUCAAAGAUUUUCUAUCGAAAGCACGAAUUAAAAUAUCGAUGUCGAUAUCGAGAUUUCAAUUUUACAGGAGGUUUAGUGGCCGAGCUUUUAGUUGCUGGGAAUUCCGAUGGACAUCUAGCGGAUAUUCUCAAGCUAUGGAGUGUUCUUACAUGGCUUGGCCUUCCAAAGUCUGAAGCUGAUCUUCAUUUAAGAUGGGCUGCAACAAACACAGCAUUCAUAAUGUCACGGCAUUGUGAAACAAGAUCGAGACUCGCAGAGGCCAUGGCACUUGCGAAACCGAUUGGACUCUGUAUUGACGCAAUCGAAAACUGUUUGGAGGGAGCAAUGAUAUGAUGAUAUGAAGUGCAUGUAGAUCAUCAAGGCCACCAGUUUUCUAGAAUCAAAUGUAGUUGAGUGAAGCGAACAUCUCGAACUAUGGUUGCAUACAAAGUGGUUUAGACCAUUAAGAAAAAAUGCAGCAUGGUUGAUAAGUGAUGAAAAGUAGUUUAGGGUUCAAUCUUAUGCUAAGUGAUGAUAAGCAUAGUACUUUAAAGUUUAAGAUUCAACCCUAAACUAAGAUGAUUGUAUUUGUAAUUAUCAAGUGAUAAAUGUGUCACACACUCUGUCACUUACCAUCGAACAUACAAAAUGAAGAUAUGAAUUUUAUUUGAAUGGUAA